GAAAGGCACUGAUUUUCUAAAAUACCAGAUGCUUAGCCAGAACUUUAAUGGGCCUGAGAAUACUUCUCUGAUCAUUGGCCCAAUAAAGACCAAGAGAAAUGACCAGAACAAAUCAGUUGUGUACGCAAAACAUAUGAAAUUACUCAGUCCUCAGAAUAGGCUUCCGAAGAAGGACAAUAAUUUUUCAACGAAUAAGGUAAAUUUCAAAACUCCUAUGAAACCCAUGGGCCAACAACAUCUCGGGAGAUAUGAUUUAAACCAGACAAGUGGAAAAGUCAAUCAGGUUUUAGCAAAAUCGUUACUUAAUAAGAGCAAUGUCAACAGAGCUAUUGCCAGAGAUCUCUCAGGACCACUGAAGUUGGAGAACAUGAAGGCUGUCAAAAAGCCAAAUAAAUUUUAUCUUGAAAACCCUAACCAUAUGCUUAAAAAUGGCAGUUCUAUAGUAGAAGGCAAUAAUAAAUUUACUAAUGAGGACUACCUAAAGUCUGUACAGCAGAAACACUUUGAGAAGGAUAGUUUAAAGAAUAUAAAUCCAUCCCAAAGAGACAUAGUUAGUGAAAUAGAUUAUUCUGAUGCUAAAUCUGCUCGCUCAGCUAUUCUGAGCAAGAACAGGAAGAAUAUCAGGACUCCUGCCAUGAGUCAACUGACCAAUGAUAAUUUAGCCAAAUUUGAGAAGGAACUUUCAAGCAAAAGUGUAAUUAAAUAAAGGAGGUGGGGGCAGUGUCUACUCAGAUAUAAGAUCUCAGCUUUCCAAGUAUAAGAAUAAAAUUAAAGAGAUGUCCAAUAAAAGCUGAGAGCAAGAGAAAAAUAAUAAAGACCUCCAGAAAACUAGUCAAAUAGAGGAAAUUCCUGAAGAGCCAGAGAAACCUGAAGAGCAGGAAUUAGAGCAAGAUCAACAAUUACAGAGUGAUGUGAAUGAGUCUCAAAAAUGAUCCAACUGUAGAUCAGAACUAAAACAGACAGAAAUUGAUUUUCACAACCAAGUUAUAAAUUCAGAUAAUCAAGAUCCUGACCAAAAUGGUAAUAUUGAGGUCCCAAUUCUGUGAGCUAAAUGAAUAUACUCUUCAUAUUUUCCAAAACAAGUGUCUUCUCACGCUGAGGUGCCAGCCCCAAGGUUCCCUCAAAAGGUCUUAAAUGAAUCCCAAACCUUGAAAGAUACAAAGGAUCAAAAUGAUAGAAUUCUAAACUGGAGAUCUGAAAGAGAUAACUUAAAUAAGACAGAUAUUUACAAAAGCUCACCUGCCUGGACGAACUUACCUACGUUAAGGAAUAAUAAGAAUAUUGGUAACGAAAUGAACAACUGAAUGAUACCCAAAAUAGUAAGUCUGAAUGAUGGCAUCACUCCCAAGAGCGAAUGAGGAUAUCAAGGUAAUAAUGCAAUUAAAGAAAUGCUGAGAAAGAAACUUUAUGAGAACAACGAAGAAAUGGAUGAGGACUACAAACCUGACUUCUAUACUACUACUGCUCAAGCAGAGCACACAUGGCAACCUAUUGAUGAUUCCCAUCUUGACUCAAGAUUUAGGAAAAAGAAGAAUGAGUUCUCCAUAUUUGUAGAUGCAUCUUUUAAGAAGGGUGUAUUUGCUAUGCCAUUAAUAGAUCCUCCAAGAACCACAGAUGAUAAUGCAAGUAUUACAGAUGUCAGAAAGAACUUCAUCUGCUAAUUGUGAAAAAUACCAGAAAAAUAAUGAAAUACGUUCAAAC